AUGAAAAUUACUCCGAUUGCUGUUUCCCUCGCCGCUGCGGGUUCGCUCGUGGCGGCCGAGCAACACCACCACGCUCACCGUCACCACCACAAGCGUGAGCCCAACGCGGUCACUGUCGCUGUGCCCGGUCCCACCGUCAUUGCCUACCAGCUUGAUGGCAAGGAGAUCUCCGCCGAGGAGGCCUGCCAGGGUAUCGCGGAUGGCACUCUGAAGUGGGCUGAUGGUGUCGCUCCUCCGGGUGCCUGCGCUUCCAGCUCCAGCUCGAGCCCGACCCCGACCCCAACCCCGACCACGAGCCUUUCCGUCGCUGCGGCCGAGUUCUGGGAGAAGACUUCGAGCUCCCCGACCCCGUCUUCGUCUUCGAGCUCGGUCUACACUCCGCCACCAAGCUCCUCGUCCCCCGCGGCUGCCGCCUCCACUCCCAGCUCCGGUUCUGGUGCCACCGGUAUCGAUGCUGAAUUCCCGGAUGGCGUUCUCGACUGCUCCACUUUCCCAUCCGAUUACGGUGCGGUCGCUCUGGACUAUCUCGGCCUCGGUGGUUGGUCUGGUGUUCAGAAGGUUACCUGGGGUCUCCUCGACGAAGUGAUUGAAUCCAUCGUCACUGCCGUCAGCGGCCAGACUUGCACGGAAGGUGACAUGUGCUCCUACGCCUGUCCACCGGGCUACCAGAAGUCUCAGUGGCCUACUGCUCAGGGCGCUACGGGCCAGUCUGUUGGUGGUAUCCAGUGCAAGAACGGCAAACUGUACAGGACCAACCCCAACUCCACGACGCUCUGCGAGCCAGGCGUUGGCAAUGUCUACGUCCAGAAUACCCUCGGCCAGCAGGUGGCUGUUUGCCGUACUGACUAUCCUGGCACUGAAUCCGAGACGAUUCCUUUGGGCGUUUCCCCUGGCGAAGUUCAGGAACUCACCUGCCCCAAUCAGAAUACGUACUACCAAUGGGAGGGCAAGGCCACUUCGGCUCAGUACUACCUGAACCCGAAGGGUGUUUCGACCCAGGAGGGCUGCCAGUGGGGAGAUGGCAGCCAGCCCAUUGGCAACUGGGCUCCUCUCAAUCUCGGUGUCGGCGCCACUGGUGGCCAGGUUUGGUUCGGUCUCUUCCAAAACGAACCUACCACCAACGCCCCGCUGGACUACAACGUCAAGAUCACCGGUGAUGGCAUCCAAGGGUCCUGCAAGUAUGAGAACGGAGUUUUCUAUAGCGACUCUGGCAGCAGUAAUGGAUGCACGGUCUCGGUUCCUAUUGGCAACAAAGCCACAGUUAUCUUCUACUAG